ACAACUACCAACCACCAAGAUCAAAACAAUAACGAAACACCUCACGAUAUACCCAAUAGCAAGAGGCGAUAUGAUAUAGCUUGCCUUAAGUUCCUAUCUUUUUCCACGAACUUGGGGCUUAUUCUUCAGGCUUGUGCUUUGUGGUCUUCCAUUAUGCCGAUUUUGGGUCUUGGUCACAUUUUGUCUCGUGACAAUGACUUUCCU